AUGUAGGAAUACAAUCUAAACAUAUAAUUAUUGAAGAAAUAUUACCCAAUUCAAGUUCUAGGGAGAAAAUCCAAUGAGAAUAUUAACCCAAUUAUGAGUAACCCCAGGAGAAGAAAAUUAGUACCACGAUUCUUAUUCUAACAAACGAUAGUUCCAUUAAUAACCUUAACUGAAAUGCCAAUUACCAUAGUAAUCCGGAUUCCAACUACUCCAAUAUGA